AUGUAUGUAAAUGAGACUGCUCUAAUAGUGCAGAUGAGGAAGUUGUUACAGCCAACAGCAGAGAAGAAGCUCAUGCAAGAAAGUAGAUCUGUUGUAGUAUUGAGAGCAACCCUAACGUUCAGUAGCUGUUCAGCUUACUCAUGAUCAUGAUGUAUUUGGAAGAAGAUCCAUUUGUGCUUGAUGAAGUGGAUGAUACAAUCUGUGAAGAAAUACCUUCACGAUCCCCAGAAAUCAUGUCAGUAGGAUCUCACUCAUUCUCUCCAGGAGGCCCUAAUGGGAUUAUUAGAAGUCAGUCCUUUGCUGGUUUCAGUGGUCUUCAAGAAAGACGAUCCAGAUGUAAUUCCUUUAUUGAGAAUUCUCCUGCACUCAAAAAACCCCAGGCCAAAGUGAAGAAAGCACACCAUUUGGGGCACAAAAGUAACAGCUCAGCUAAGGAGCCGCAGCCUGAAAGAAUGGAGGAAGUUUACAAGGCCUUGAAGAAUGGAUUGGAUGAAUAUUUAGAAGUUCAUCAAACAAAACUGGAUAAAUUAAGUACUCAAUUGAAGGACAUGAAAAGAAAUUCACGGCUGGGGGUGCUGUAUGAACUUGACAAGCAAAUGAAAGCAAUUGAAAGAUACAUGAGAAAGCUUGAAUUUCAUAUCAGUAAGGUAGAUGAACUCUUUGAAGCCUACUGUAUCCAAAGGCGGCUUCGUGAUGGUGCCAGCAAAAUGAAGCAAGCAUAUGGGUUGUCCCCUGCUAGCAAGGCAGCUCGAGAGAGUUUAUCAGAAAUCAACAAAACUUAUAAAGAAUAUACCGAGAACAUGUGUGCCAUUGAAGGAGAGCUGGAAAAUUUAAUGGGGGAGUUCUGCAUCAAGAUGAAAGGUCUGGCUGGCUUUGCUCGACUUUGCCCAGGAGACCAGUAUGAGAUUUUCAUGAGGUAUGGCCGUCAAAGAUGGAAACUAAAAGGCAAAAUAGAAGUCAAUGAUAAGCAAAGCUGGGAUGGAGAAGAAAUGAUCUUCCUUCCCCUUAUUGCUGGGUUAAUCUCCAUUAAGGUCACAGAAGUUAAAGGUCUUGCCACUCAUAUUUUGGUUGGAAGUGUUACUUGUGAAACGAAAGACUUGUUUGCUGCUCAGCCUCAGGUUGUCGCUGUGGAUAUCAAUGACCUUGGCACAAUAAAGUUGAAUCUGGAAAUCACCUGGCAUCCAUUUGAUGUGGAGGACAUUACCCCAUCAACAGGCAACACAAACAAAGCAUCAGCUAUUCAAAGAAGGAUGUCCAUUUAUAGUCAAGGCACCCCAGAAACACCAACUUUCAAGGAUCAGUCAUUCUUUAAAUGGCGACAUCCUCCACAAGACAGUCUCCACUCUGCCAUUUUAGAGACUCUGCAGGAUGCUUUCUUUGACAAGCUACGUCGUAGUCGCUCAUUUAGUGAUCUGCCAUCUCUCAGGCGGAGGUCUAGAACAGGGCUAGAACAAUAUUCAAAUUUACCAGAUGAUGUUUUUGAAAAUGGAACAGCAGAAAAUGAGAAAAGUUCAUUAUCUUUCAGUUUCAUUGACAUUACCAGUGAACAUUGUACUACAUCAUACAGUUCAACGGACUCAUCCUCUACGAUAGAUAAUUCCAAUCCUGAAAUUAUUGCCACAAUCCCAGAUCCCAGUGGGAAAAGGUUAUCCAAACCUGACACUGUGCACAAUAUUCAUUCAAGGUGUGGGGACUCCACAUCUGAAUCCAACAACUUAAUAUCACAAGGGCAUGGUGAAAAUAUGACCACAAAUCUAGAAUCUGAACUUUGCCAAAGUUCUCCUCAUUUGAGAGGCAACAGUGUGAUUUUAGCAAGUAGUGCCUCAGAGUCACUUCUUUCAGAUACAGAUGAGUUAUCAGACGUCAAACCUGUAGAGCUGGAUACAUUUGAAGGCAAUAUCACAAAGCAGCUGGUUAAAAGACUGACAUCUGGAGAGGGGCCAAUGACACCUGAAAAAUGUCAUUGUGAGGGGUCAAUUAGUGGAGAAUCUGAAGGCUAUAAAUCAUGUGUUGAUGGAAGUCUAGAAGAAGCAUUUCAGGGGCUUCUAUUAGCUCUUGAACCUCAUAAAGAACAGUUUAAAGAAUUCCAGGAAUUGGACCAAGGAAUUGCACAUCUAGAUGAGAUCCUAAAAUGCAGACCAGUAGUAAGUCACAGCAGGUCAUCCAGCUUAAGCCUAACAGUUGAGAGUGCGCUGGAAAGUUUUGAUUUCCUCAACACUUCUGACUUUGAGGAUGAAGGUGGUACCGAUGAGUUUUGUGGUGGUGCUCGUGGCGCAGACUCUGUGUUCUCAGAUACUGAAAUUGAGAAAAACAGUUACAGGUCAGAACACCCAGAAGGCAGAGGGCAUCUCAGCGAAGCAUUGACAGAAGACACAGGAGUUGGAACCAGUGUGGCUGGAAGCCCUCUGCCAUUGACCACCGGAAAUGAAAGCCUUGAUAUCACCAUAGUCAAGCACUUGCAAUAUUGCACACAGCUUAUCCAGCAAAUUGUAUUCUCUAGCAGAACUCCCUUUGUCACAAGGUCUCUUCUGGAUAAACUAUCCCAACAAAUUUUAGUGAUUGAGAAUCUUGCAGAGAUCAGCAGUGAGAUCCUGGGAAGCUUCAGACCUAUAAGUGAAGCAAUUCCAGAAUUUCAGAAAAAGAUAUCCCUCCUUUCUUUCUGGAAUAAGUGUACCAAUUCUUCUGGGUUGUAUCAUACCUCUGCAGACAAAAUGAUCAAACAAUUGGAUAUCACUUUUUCUACAGUGGUGAAUGGCGAAUGUCCAGGACUUUCAGAAACAGUGUUCAGAACUUUGAUUUCUCAUAUCUUGGACCGUGCAGAACCUCUCCUCUUUUCCAGUCUGCCCUUGGAAGUCAUAACAGUUUUUCAGUAUUACAACUAUUUUGCUAAUAAAAAUGUUAGUGAUCUGGCAAACUAUUUGCUUCAGCUUACAAGAGAAGCUUUAAUGGUACAAACUCUACAGUCUUUAAGGGAUGAAAAGUUCUUGCAGAAUAAGGCCAAUUUAACUUCCAUCAGUCUCUCACCUCAACAAGAAGUGCUGAAAUCUUUGGCUGUCCUUUUGACUGAAAAUAAAAAGGAAACCUAUGAAGCUGUGGUAACAAUAUUGUCAGCUGCAGCAGCAGAAAACAAACACUUCAGGGAAAAGGCUUUAAUUUAUUACUGCGAGAGCCUUGCCCAGCCCAGCCUCCAUCUGCAGAAGGCUGCUUGCUUGGCCUUGAAAUGCCUUCAGGCAACUGAAAGUAUUAAAAUGCUGGUCACUCUUUGCCAGUCUGGCAAUGAAGAAGUUAGGAAUACAGCUUCUGAAACCUUGCUUUCUCUUGGAGAAGACGGACGGCUGGCAUACGAACAGCUGGACAAAUUCCCCCGUGAAUUUGUUAAAGUUGGUGGUCGACGCACAACUGAAGUGGCUACAGCUUUUUAAAUGUUCAAAUUAUAUUUUGAACUAUGCCAAUUUCAUGUGAACCAUGAUGGUCCUGUAAAAAAACUGAAACUUCAAAACCCAUUAUUUGGAAAAUUGUUUUGUAACUUAGGAACGUAUCAGCAUUAAAAAAAGAGAGAGGAUUUAAUGUAUGGACUGCUGUUGACUCUUCUAUGUAGCUUAUGGUGAAAUAUUGAUUUGUUGAAGAUUAUGAUAAUCUUGCUUUUUUGUGAAAUCCAUGUAAUUGUUGUAAAACUUUGGAAAAAUGAGAGAUGUUUUGAAAUUAUAAGAUAUGUUAAAUAUAAAGCAGUGCGUGUUUGGUGGGCAUAAUUGUGCCAGUUUCCAAUAUGUGAUACUGUGUUGAAAACAUUGAAAAGCAAACAUUUAUAUAAGAGCCAUGGAGGUGCAGUGGUUAGAGUGCAGUACUGCAGGCUACUUCUGCUGACUGCCAGCUUACUGCAAUUUGGCAGUUUGAAUCUCACCAGCUCAGCCUUUCAUCCUUCCUAGGUCAGUAAAAUGAGGACCCAGAUUAUUGGGGGCAAUAUGCUGACUCUGUAAACCACUUAGAAAGGGCUGUAAAGAAAUGUUAAGUGGUAUAUAAGUCUACGUGCUAUUGUUAUUGGUAUUUAAAGCCAUUCUGGCUCCCACCCUCUCUGAAUCUCAUCAAAUAUCUGCCUGUCUGAUAUUAUUACUGGUAGCCAUCUAGGUUAGCAUAAGCAAUACUCAAAAUUAGGCCAAACUAAGGAUGUGAAAUUCCAGAUAGUGUGAUUUAUGUCCCCUGUUUAAAUGUCCAUUCUUUGGUUUUUUCCUUCCUUCACUCAGAAUGCAAAUUAAUACUAGGAAUUUUUUGUUGAUAACCAGUUGUGUAAGUUUUGUAAAGCAAGUGAAAAAUUAAAUUGUUUUUUUUCUACAGAGAAGCAUAUAAAGUAUACUUAAUGACAGGUAAUCCCCGAAUUCCCAAAAUUUCAGGGAGGUGAAAUUUACCUUUUACUUUUUAAGACCUUGAUUUAUUUAAUUUUAUUUUUCAAUAUGACAGAUGAUAACAAAAAUGAUUUCUGGACUGCCUUAUAGAGCAUAAAGUGAUCAAGAUAGCUUAUAGAUUAAUCUGAUGCAGACUUUCUCUGAAGAAAAUCCUCUUGAGUUUAUCCUUGUUUCAAACAAGAAUUAAUAGAAUUGCAGCUCCAAAGUAUUUAAUAGAACUCCUUGUUACUACAUUUGUGGAUAUACACUUAUGAAAGCAAUUAGCUUCUCUGCUACUGUUGGGAUCCACAAGCAGAAAAAAACAAUCAAGCAUUCUCUGAAUCAGGUAGAUUUUUGAAUUUUGUUUAGAAAUAUGAUUUAAUAAAGCCCUUCUUUUGCAAAUGCAUGGUUAAGACAUUAUUUUUGUGAAUGUAUAUAUCUGUAUAUUUAUAAAUCACAUAUAAGUAUUACUUGAUUAAAAUUACAUUUGUACAGUUACUUAAAAGUUACUGGAAAAAAAAACAAGCAUUUCUCAUAACAUGUGAAAGUAUUAUGCUUCAGGUUUUUAUAGCACAUUGCUCACAUGAGCUUGCAACCUUUUAUGGUCGUCUUUUGUACUGAUUCUUGACUUAUAUAUGCCUUCUAAUUUUGUGGUAUUUGUUAUUUCUGGUAUUUACCUUUAAGUUAU